AUGCGCAGGUCCCCACGGCCAGCCCAGCAGCCAGUGAUCCCGUUCCAGAGGCUCAGAGCCAAGUCCACUGGGACCUCUUUGGGGAGGAAGGCCGAGGCCUGGCUCCUGGGAGCGCUGAGGGGCACCUCUGAGGAGGCGGCUUCAGGGGACGCCUUGCAGGGACGGCUCCCCGGCCCCGCCCCGGGCUUCCCCGGCCCCAGGCUCCCGGUGCCCGCAGUGUGGGCGCGUUUCCUGCAGCGGCGGCGGGGUGUGCCCUCCUGGCCCGACGCCCGGGAGCUGGGGGAGGAGCCCCUCUUGCUCAAGGACCUCGAGUGCCGCUCCCCGCUCUUGCCCAGGCCCUGGGACCUGCGGCAGCUGCAGGUGUGGGAGCGCCCUGUGGCCUUGCAGGCAGAGCUGGCCCUGACGCUGCGGGUCCUGGGGACCAUGGCCACCUCGACCCUGGGGGACGUCCUGGACCAGCCCCUUCACACGCUGGGCCACAUCCAGUCCCAGCUGCAGGCCUGUGUGAGUCCUGGGCCCACAGCAGGCCCCAGGCCCCAGGGUCGCCACCGCCACCGCCUGUCCCACUGGCUGCAGAGGCUGCAGCAGGCCCCCGAGAAGGAGUCCCCCGUCUGCCUCGAGGCCUCUGUCACCUUCAACCUCCUCCGCCUCCUGGUGCGAGACCUGAAGUGUGUGGCCAGUGGACACCUGUGCGUCUGACCCACACCCUGCUGCAUGUCCCAGCCCCUUAGAUAUCAUGAGGCCC